AACAAAGUACACAUUUGUCUCUUUGCAGUUUUUAUAUUUUUUUUUUAUAAUUUUAUAUUUUUUUAUAAAUUGGAAUUAAAAUAGGAUUAAGACUAUUCAUCUAAAAAAAUGGAGGGGUAUAUAUGUAUACACAACUACAUUGAAUUUAUACUUAUGAUACAAUAUAGAACAGGACUGCAUUUUUACAAUAUUGAAAAACCAAAUUAGAACACACACUGACUAAGUGCCGCUCUCAGUGACUCACCUAGUGGUAAUUUAAAUUGUGAUUAUUAUCUAUAGGAAGGUGUUUGUGUUUGAUGUUGACACUGCUUGCCACCAACUACAAAGGGACUUUACCAAGGCAACCAUUAGUGUUUGUCAAAUGACUCAGUAAUGCCAGAGGAAAUGUAUGCACCCACGUGCUACGCAGUCUUACACAUUGUGUUGUGACGAAAAACUACGAACCUCAAACACUAGUGGGUCACUUGGUGGGUCUUUUCUGGCAGCAAAGAGGUCAAAGGUUCGAGCCCCGGUGGUCACAGAUGGUAUUUCAGUACGGGGUUUUCACGUUCCCCUGAGUGUUCUACGUGUACUCCCGGUUUCUCGUACAAUCCAAAAACAUGCAGGAUAAGGAGAUUAGGGAUCACUGGACAUGUACUCAUAUUUGUUUUUGUUGCAGGUUUGUCCACUGAUUCUCCUCCUUCUUCUUUCUAGUGGACACUGUUACGCUAAAGCCAUUGGAUCGAACACAAAGUGUCAACCUGGAUCUCAUUACGAUGGUAAUAAUGGAUGUAAACCAUGUGAAGGUCGAACAUAUCAAGACAGAGAAAACGAGAAAAAAUGCAAAAGAUGUAACAGCUGUUAUAAUAAUGAGGUGGAGGUAAAGCCCUGCACCUCCACGAGGGAUACAGAAUGUCAGUGUAAAGAGGGAUAUAUCUAUAUAGGUGAUAAAGCGUUUCGAGACUGUGUUCAGAAUGGUGAUCAAUACCAAAAGAAGUGUGAGAAGUGCCAAAAUGACCCUGAGUGCACGAAGAACUGUUUAUCAACUCCAACUCCAACUCCAACUCCAACUCCAACUCCAACUCCAACUCCAAGUAAAACCACGCCUACAAGUACAACAAGCCAAGCCUUAACCAUGCCAUACAUGCCCUGGCUGCUCUUUGACAUGAUUCUGGUCAUAUUUUUGGUGCUCAUUUGCUUCGGUUAUCAGCAGAAACUGAAAUGUAAUCCCUGCUCUGGUGGCGAAAAAGGAGAUGGAGAGGUGCAUGAAGAGGACUUGAAGGACAGCCACAGUCAACAGGGCUGCAGUCCAACCGCACUGACAUUCACCAUAUCUGAGAAAACUCCCAUGAUGACUCUCAGUCAUAGCCCAUCCAGACAACAGGAUGCUGCCCACGUGUUUCCUCCACCACCAAAACAUGAAGCUCUGAAACUUGAUGAGCCGUCACAGCAGUGGCCCGCCAUCAUCCUCUAUGAGAUUAUCAAGGAGGUUCCCUUGCGUAGGUGGAAAGAGUUCUUGCGUCUGCUCUCUGUGGCUGACCAGCAGCUGGAUCGGGUGGAGCUGGAGGCCGGUUUGGGCCUGAAUUUCACAGAGAAGCAGUACCUGAUGCUCAGGCUUUGGAGCCAACGCUCCACUGCGAGUUUGAACGAUGUCUUCUCAGCCCUGCACUACAUGGAUUUGACUGGCUGUGCACAGCAACUGCAGGAAAACCUGGAGAAGCUCAGGUGGUCGCCCGAAACUAAGUAAUGCAGAGUACUACAACUCGUAGUACUCUGGUGCCACGAGCCCUGAGCACCAGUGCACAAGAUGACAAACUUCGCACAAAGGUUAGGAGAAACCCUGACAGUGUCAGUAUUUUAGCUUUCUUUCUGUUCAUACCAUUGUUUCCACCCAGUCUUGUUAUUUACACAAUAACAAACACUUGUUUUUUAGACACUUUAUCACAUAAAGGUAAAAUAUGAACAUCAACACGAGGAAGUCCUCUUUAAAUACUGUUUUUGUUCUGGUCCAGAAUCCUAAUGAGACAGGGUUAUUUUUUGUAUAUUCUAUAUAACCUAUUUUGUGUAUUUCCACCAAUUGUUUUUAGAAAACAACACAAAUAUAAAAUGUACAUUUCAAACCUAGCAAUUACUGUACUUCACAUAUUACUUUACAAUGCAGAAAGUAACGCACACACACAAAAAAGAAAACUUUAAAAUGGCUUUAAACUCUACAAAGUCUUUAAACAGAGGGAAACAAACAUAAAAAAAGGAUUAUUCACAUACAUACAUGAGCUGAGCGCCCAUUCCCACACUGUUAGCCCCACACGUGCACUUACUUCCUUUUUUAAUAUCAUUACUAGGUAAAAUAUUCACACAGAAAAAAACCAACAACCCAGUAAAGGAUAGAGAAAAGAGGACUGUAUCUGUAUGCGUCCACUGACUGGUCCAUACCAUUUAAGCUUAUGACUUUUUAUGAUUUUAUACAAAAACACAUGCUUUUAACAGUUUAUUCUAAACCAGUGAUUCCCAACCUCCAUGCUGCUGCACCUUAGUGUGCCAUGAGAGAUCGUUACGUGUACCCUGGAAAAUUAUCCUUUUACACUUGAUUAGUCUGAAAACCACUACUUAUUUAAAAAAGAGAGACCAGUGGAUAAGAUCUUUCUUCAAUUCCUGUGAGUACUAUAUAUCAGUGUUCAACUAAUCAGGUUUCACAGAGUAAGUAAAUUGUUAAUAAUCUAUGGGAUUUUUCUAAUAAAAUAUAUGCUGUGACUCAAAAAAGGUUGGGAAGCACUGAUUGAGAUGACGCCGUAUGAGCUUCUUAUUCCUGAUAAUUGAGGAAUAAUUAUAAUAAAAAAUUAAAACAAACUUACAAGAGGACAAAAA